CCUGCUGGCAUUUCAAACACGCUGCGUCGUUUCUGAAACAGUACAAGAUAAACAAUAAGCCGUGCAGAGUUUUAUAUUUUGUGUUAUUGUUUGUUUGUUUAGUUAAACGAGACUGCAUACCAGUUUGUAAGGCGUGGACGAUACAAAAAAACAAUGACAACGCAUGUCUGCCCUCCACAUUAAUAAAUAUAACUGGAUGCAUGAGCCAGCUUGAUCACCCAAAACAGCGCAGCAAACAUCCACAACUACUAAACAGAAUCGUGUGUGCUGCCAUGGACAGUGUGAAGAUGGAAUCUGUCCAGAUUAAAGAGGAGUUCCCUGAACUUGAACCUGUCCCCAUUAGAGUGGAGUUCUCUGGGCUGGCUUCCCUUCCCAUUAAACAGGAGCAAUGUGAAAGCAGUCAGACAGAGGUCUCUGACAUAAAAGCUGAGCACAAUGAAUGGGAGAUCCACCAGACAGAACCCCUUCCUGUUAAACAAGAGGAGGUGCUGGAAGCUGUCUGUCUUAAAUGGGAGCCCCAUGAAGUAAAGUUUGACCACAUGGAAACAUGGAAUGAAGAAUCCAAGGACUUCAAACCAAAUAUCCCUGAGCUGGAGCCUGUACGCCUGCGGGAGUGUAGCGUGGUGCUGGAGAGAAUCUGCGUGAGAGAACAAGAUGCUGGAGAGGAAGGCUUUCCCAACAGCACGCAAGGAUGUGGAAAGGAAGAUGAGUGCUUGCAUUCAGAAUGCAGUCUAGCAGGUUCCAGUCCAGAAACUAAAGUGAGGGCGGGCGGUGGAGAAUAUCCUGAUUGUGGGAAAGGUUUCACCCAGUUGGGGCAUUUUAAAAUGCACCAGCGAAAUCACACAGGAGAGAAACUGUAUUGCUGCUCUGACUGUGGGAAGAGUUUCAGUAGGUCAGGAGACAUGAAAGCACACCAACGAACUCACACAGGAGAGAAACCGUAUCCCUGCACUCGCUGUGGGAAGAGUUUCAGUCAGUCAAACAACCUUGUUUCACACCAGCGAAUACACACAGGAGAGAAACCAUAUCGCUGCUCUGACUGUGGGAAGCGAUUCACUCAGUCAAACAACCUUGUUUCACACCAGCGAAUUCACAGAGGAGAGAAACUGUGUUGCUGCUCUGAUUGUGGGAAGAGUUUUAGUCGGUCAGGGACCCUGAAAGCACACCAGCAAAUUCACACAGGCGGGAAAACAUAUUGUUGCUCUGACUGUGGGAAGAGUUUCAGCCAUUCAAACAGCUUUAUUUUCCACCAGCGAAUUCACACAGGAGAGAAACCGUAUCGCUGCUCUGACUGUGGAAAGAGUUUCAGUGUUUCAGGACAACUGACAAUACACCAGCGAAUUCACACAGGAGUUCAACCAUAUCACUGCUCUGACUGUGGGAAGAGUUUCAGUCAGUCAGCCAGCCUUAAAAAGCACCAGCGAAUUCACACAGGAGAGAAACCGUAUCACUGCUCUGACUGUGGGAAGAGUUUCAGUUGCUCGGGAAACCUGAAAGCACACCAGCGAAUUCACACAGGAGAGAAACAGCAUCACUGCUCUGACUGUGGGAAGAGUUUCCGUCUUAAACAAAGCCUUCAAAAACACCAGCGAAUUCACACAGGUGAGAAACCGUAUCGCUGCUCUGACUGUGGGAAGAGUUUCAGUCGGUCAGACAGCCUUGUUUCACACCAGCGAAUUCACACAGGAGAGGAACCGUAUCGCUGCUCUGACUGUGGGAAGAGUUUCCGCUUUAAACAAGGCCUUCAGAAACACCAGCAAAGUCACAGAGGAGAGAAACCUUAAAGACUAUGUUCUAUGGGACGUUUCUGUCAUGAGGAAAAAAAUGUUAACCUAGCAUUAUGAAUCUGAAAUAAAAACACUUUGGAAAUGUGAAAAAACGCCAAGUUAUCAAAAGUGUCUUUAAAGUAGAGCUAUC